CUUCUUGGCGCGACUCCUCCUAUUCAUUUCUAGUAACCUUUUUGCAUAUAAAAGACUAUUUCACUCCUAUGUUAUCAAUCUGUCAUUUUUUCGACGUGCAUCGAUAACCCAUGAUUGAGAAAACGUCACAUCGUCAUAGCUUUUUCUGAAAUAAUCCCCGCCGUGCCUUCUCUAUCUCAUCGUCUCCAUCAACAAACUCACCAGACCUGCUACAUUCCGCAGAGACCACUGACUGCACAAGGCGUAUCUGACCCAACCGCGCUCUUUACAUUUCACGUCCAACAAUCUCGUAGAUGAUGGCCGAAACCACACAUGAUGCCUUUCUCUCAAGAAUGCAAAACUAUACGGCACCAAACCCAUCACUCCGAAAUCCACGCAUCAGUAAAGAGUCCAGCGACGCCGAUCUGAUCGAAGCAGGCUAUCUCGCGGACAAUCACGUAACUUGGGGAUUCGUAAUCUACAGAACCACAUACUUGAAUAAUGAAGCUUGGAUCGCGUUCCUACCACGCCUGCACUGGUGGACGAACGAUAGCAUGGAGAUUUUCAACGGACAAGAUGUUCUCGACAAGAUGAGUUGGACAAUCUUUGACAAUGCCGAGGAGUUUGAGAAUGCAAGUGUCGCAGAUAUCAGGGAGCAAUUCCGGUCUUGGACGCAGACUGCAGUGCUAUCUGAGCAAGGUGUGCAGGAAGCAGGGCUCUCACCACGGUAUAGAUAUUGUAUCCUCGUCGACUCUGAGGCAUUGGAGUCUUGCGUCUCCUCGCCCGCGCCACCGGACUCUGACGAGGAUAACCAAGGGUGGGUGAAAGUUAUUGACAAGAAUUUUCCCCUGGUGCAUCCACUAUUGAAAAAGAGGAAAGAGGAAAGUGGGUAUGAGGAGAUUGACGGUAUCACGGAAAAACAUGUCGGGUGGGUAAAAUGUCCGUAUACGAGUGUUAUGACGGAGUAUUAUAGGUUGUUUAGGGAUCUCAAUGGAUACAUGGUUAGUUACAGGCGGCCGCCGGCUGUUAUCGGGUAUCCUUGGAGAUGACAUGGAUCGGGUGGUGCAAAGGAGGAGGAGUAGACGAGCGAUUCUCACACUGGUCGUGUUCGAAACACCACAGUAUCCUGCAUCUCUGACACUAGCUCUUUUCAAACAAAAAACAUUCGCGGUACCAUAAAACCAUCGGAUGUGCCACUCUUAGUGCCAGUAUAAGCAGAUGACUAUGUGUAGUGUGAAUCACCCUCGAAGCAAGCUCCCAUCACAAGUACAGAGCGUCACGAGAAAGGCGAGAAACCGCGCUAAACAUCUCACGAAAAAACAAA